GUUUUGGUGUGGUUUGUUACUGCUUAGAAUGAACGAUUGGGCUGCUUCCCUCAUAGCUGCGGCUCUGUUUGCAAUUCUGUCACCAGGAACACUCUUUCAAAUGCCUGGCAAGAAUCGUCCCCUUGAUUUCAUGAACAGGAAGACUAGCAUUGCUUCCAUUUUUGUGCACACAGUUCUCUACGGUUUGUUUCUUAUUCUGUUCCUUGUUAUUCUUCACAUUCACCUCUACGUCUAGCAAGCAGUAAGGUUGAAAAAAGGUUUGAUGCUCUACUCUUUUAUUUCCUGCUUUUGAUCGAUGUAAGCCUCACGCAACUUGAAAGGAAGAGAUUAUGAAGAUUACUUGGUGUCCCCUCAA